AUGGAUAGCACAAUUAUCCUCAUCACCGGGGCAAAUACGGGACUGGGCUUAGAAACCGUCAAAGCCCUCUUCGAAUCCUCUAAAUCCUACACGAUCCUCCUCGGAUGUCGUAGCAUGGACAAGGCUGACGCGGCAGUCCAACAGUUGCAGGCUGAAUUUCCUAACAGCGCCACCGUGGUAGCUCCAGUGCAGGUUGAUAUCGAGGAUGAUCAAUCAAUUGAGAAGGCCUUCGACCAUGUUGCUGACCAGUAUGGUCGAGUAGAUGUCUUGAUCAACAAUGCCGGAGGACAAUUCGACCCCCAGAUGUAUUCCGGAGAAUUGACGAUGCGGGAGAUGUGGAACAAAUCAUGGAAUGUCAACACGACCGGGACACAGAUCCUCACGCACACAUUCGUGCCAUUGCUCCUUAAAUCCGCGGAUCCUCGACUGCUCUUCAUCACCAGCGGUGCAUCCGCGCUGACCGAGUCGGAGAACCUAACGAUUCGAUUGAGCCAAUCUCCAGUAAAGGGCUGGCCCAAAACCUCACGAGCCAUCUCGGCCUAUCGAUCCAGCAAGACGGGGAUGAACAUGCUGAUGCGCGAAUGGACACGAAUCCUCCGCGAGGACGGGGUGAAGACCUGGUGCGUUUCGCCGGGGUUUUUGGCCACUGGACUGGGCGGGAAUCCGGAACGAAAUAAGCAGUUGGGUGCCAUUGACCCGGCCAUUGGGGCGAAUUUUGUACGCGCGGUGGUUGAAGGGGGGCGAGAUGAGGAUGUUGGAAAAGCGAUUCGGUGGGAUGGUGUCCAGCCGUGGUAA